GACGAGGUUUAUCGACAAUAUAAAUAUAAUAUUUAUUUAUUUAAUAAUAAAUAGUAAAAUGUAUAAAAAAAUAAUUAUUACCUCGUUGCUUAUAAUUUUCGGAGCAUUCGACUUAACGCCACUGGCGAUUAAAAACGCACCGUUUAUUAUAAUGGCUGUAUCAUCUACGACAACUAGUACAAGAAGAAAUUAUAAUAGUAAUAAUAGCAAUAAUAAUAAUAAUAAUAAUAAUAAUAAUAAUAAUAAUAAUAAUAAUAAUAAUAAUAAUGGGGGUUGUAAUACGUGUAAAAUGCACGAAGAAAUAAGAGCGUUAAAUUUAGAAGCUAUUAAGGAACAAAUUCUUAACAAACUGGGACUUAAGCAGGCGCCAAAUAUGACGGGACGCGCAUUACCCAAAAUACCCCCCAUUUCAAAGCUGAUGGAUUUGUACGGGAUGCAAGCCGACGAGCCUGUCGUCUUGAGGGAGCAGAGCCUACCUGGGACAAAGCACUACUACGACGAGGUUGACGAAUUCACCGCGAAAACCGAGAGUGUCUUUGCGCUUGCUCAUCCACGUUCUAGGUUGAGACACACCGAGCAAGAUUAUUUAAAUAUACUGUACUUUAAAUUUUCUGAUAAAAUAAUGCAGCACCGGGUGACAAGAGCUAAACUCUCGCUCUGGAUUUGGGAAAGCAAGCCCAAAACAGAGGCAGAUAAAAAAGACCCAGAAGAUAAAGACAAAGAAGAAAGCAAGAGCCAUUAUUACAAUUACAAUCAUCAUCACCAUCACCACCAAAAUCAUCACCACUACCAGCGACAUUAUCACCAGCACGAGCACAAGGACGUGCUCUCGAUAACCCUCCAGAGAAUCCUCCCUUUAAAAGACUCCGACAACCCUCAAGAAUUGUCUCUGGGCCCGCCGCUGAUCACCAAGCACCUGGUAACCCGUCACCCGGGUGAAGAGUCAGGCUUUUGGGUAACCAUAGAGCUGGCCCGGAUGGUCACCGAGUGGUUCAGGCACCCCAGGAACAACCUGGGCGUCGUUCUGAAGAUAAAUGACGACCAAGAAGCUGCUAGCAACGUCACUGGAACCGAUACCAGGCCAGACUCGGUUUGGAACGUCGAAACUAAUCCCGAGGCGGAGUUCGCCCCGUAUCUCGAGAUCCAGAUGCAAGAACCAGAGUCCAAACGCGGCUCCAGGGUCAAGAGGAACGUCGGUUUGAAUUGUGAUGAAGCUAGCCAAGAAACCAGGUGCUGCCGGUACAAACUCACAGUUGACUUUGAGAAGUUCGGCUGGGAUUGGAUUAUCGCUCCGAAAAAGUACGACGCAAAUUACUGCUCAGGCGACUGUCCGAUGGCCUUCCUUCCAGCGUAUCCGAAUACACAUAUCGUGAGCUUAGCGGAGCCGCCGAAUAAUACCGGGCCUUGUUGCGCACCGAGAAAAUUAUCCGAAAUUACGAUGUUAUAUUUUGAUAAUGAAUAUCAAAUUGUAUUUUCUCGUCUGCCUGGUAUGGUCGUCGAGCGCUGCGGAUGCUCAUAA